AUGCACCCAGCCCUGUGCCAUCUCGUGGCUGCUCUUGGCUGUGCCGGCCUCGCGGCGGCCCAGUCUCCCGACUCUGCCGCAGUCUCCUGGGUCGGCGAUGCCCCAGACCUCAACCUGGGCGCGACCUUUGGCCUCCCGUGGCCUCGUGGCAAAUACCCAGCCAACUCGACAAGCUUCACCGCGACAGACUCCAAUGGCGGGCAAGUCGACGUCCAGUCAUGGAUCACGGCCUAUUGGCCUGACGGCUCGGUCAAGUGGACCGGUCAUGCGGUGGGAGCCUCCAAUGCCGUCGGCACUGGCUACACUGUGAGCCCAGUCGUAGGCUACUCGCAGCGGUUUCGGAGGCGCCAGGACGCCAGCUCUAUGGUUGCCGAGACCGGCAGUGAGAUUGUGGUCAACACAGGCAAGAUAUCAGCAGUCUUCAAGAAGUCCGGCAACACAAUCAUCAGCUCGAUCAAGACGGCAAGCGGCAAAACGGUUGGCACGGACGGUGUUUUAGUCCUCCUUGCACAGUCCGCCAUCGCCGAGGAGGACGCCGCCGGGGAGCAGCCCGCAAAGUCCCAGCUUAAUAGUGUGAUCGAGGAUGUCGCCGUCAGCAAGGACAACUCUGUGCGCACGCUUGUCACCAUCAAGGGCAAACACGAACCCAUAAGCGGAGAUGGACCAGGUUGGCUGCCCUUUACUGUCCGCUUCUACCUCUACAAGAACUCCGAGGCCAUCAAGGUGCUCCACACUCUCACGUACGACGGUACUGCCAGCCAGAACUUCAUUGUGGGCAUUGGGAUACGAUUCGACGUGCCACUUUCUGACGAGUUGUAUAAUCGCCACAUUCGGCUUUCGAGCGCAGAUGGCGGCCUGCUGAAUGAAGCAGUCAAGGGCAUCACCGGCCUUCGCCGAGAUCCUGGCCAGGCUGUCCGUACAGCACAAUACGAAGGCAAAGCGACUCCCGACACUUCGACCUGGGAUACUCGAGUCACCACUCGCCUCCAGUGGAUUCCUAACUGGAAUGACUAUUCGUUGACACAGCUGUCGCCAGACGGGUUCACACUCAAGAAGCGCACAAAGGCUGGCCAGUCCUGGGUCAAGAUCCCUGGCGGGACGAAAGCAGGAGGUCUGGUCUACCUCGGUGGUGCCGCGGGUGGCGGCCUUGGUGUCGGCCAUCGUGACUUCUGGAAGAGAUACCCGACCGGCAUUGACAUCCGCAACGCUGCAAGUGAUGUCGGACAGAUUACGUUGUGGCUGCACAGCCCGGCGGCUGGCCCCAUGGAUCUUCGUCCCUUUCACGACGGCCUUGGCCAAGAUACAUACGCGAAGCAGCUCGAUGCCUUGGAAAUUACCUAUGAGGACUACGAGGGCGGGUACAAUACCCCUACCGGUAUCGCCAGGACGAACGAGCUGUAUAUCUUUGGAUUCGAUAGUACACCUUCGCAAGAGGCGCUUGGCGGCCUCAAUGCCUACGUGAACGAGCCGCCUGUUCUGUUUGUCGAGCCGAGUCGCAUUAAGGAAUCGGGUGCCCUUGGCACAUACUGGGGCCUUCCUAGCAACAGCACUACCGGAGCGGCGCAGGACAUUGAGAAACAUAUGGAUUUCCUGGUCCGCUACUAUAUCGGACAGGUCGAGCAGCGCCGAUGGUACGGCUUCUGGGAUCAUGGCGACAUCAUGCACACCUACGACGUCGACCGGCAUCAGUGGCGCUACGACAUUGGCGGUUACGCCUGGGACAACAGCGAGCUCUCUCCCGACAUCUUCUUCUGGAACUACUUCCUGCGUACUGGCCGGGCAGACGUCUAUAGACUCGCAGAAGCCCAAGUCCGCCAUGGCGGCGACGUCGAUGUGUACCACCUGGGCAACUUCACCGGCCUAGGCACACGGCACGGCGUGGACCACUGGAGCGAUUCAGCCAAGCAGAUCCGCAUAUCGACGACAAUAUACCGCCGCGUGUUCUACUACAUCUCAGGUGGCGACGAGCGCACGGGUGAUCUAGUCGCGGAAGUUCAAAAGGCCGAGCAAGCGUUCGUUGCGGUCGACGCGAGGCGCAAGAUCCGCGACCCGAGCGUCGUGUACGUCCCAGACCCGGAGGCGCUGUACAUCAGCCUCGGGCUGGACUGGGUUUCCCUCGCUGGCGCGUGGCUCAUCGAGUGGGAGCGCCGGGGCCCCAACGCGGAGGCCGCGCAGCGCAAACUCCUUAAGGGGUUCGAAGGCAUCGCGGCUCUGAAGAACGGCUUCGUCACUGGUGAGGCGCUGUACAACUCAUCCUCGGGCGCAAUCUCGGCCCCUCCCACAGACCCAGAUAACAAGGGCAUCGUCGUCGUCUCCCACCUUGACGCUGUGUUCGGCUUGCAAGAGGUUCUCACGCAGGUGUUCGACCACGUCGGACAGGGCACACCCUCUGAGAACCCCAAGCUGCCGGCGGGCUUCUUGGAGGCAUGGCUCGACUACUGCUACUAUUACUCUGCCGGCAAGCCCGAGCAGGCGGCCCGCUACGGCAAGGACUUUGGCAGCGUGUCUCUGAUCCAGGGCCACUCGAAGCUCACUGCGUACGCGGCAUGGAAGACAGGCAAUGCGACGCUCGCCAGCCGUGCGUGGAAGGAGUUCUUUGGCUCCGACGGGCUGAAGCGCGAUGGUUCCGGGGCGACCAACUGGACGACCGUGCGGGUCGAGGGGAGCAAAGUGCUCACGCCCGUCGACGAGGCGAGCUGGUUGAGCACCAACGACAUGGCGCUUUAUGGGGUUAACGCUAUUGAGAACUUGUUCUUUGUUGGGCAGGCCUUGGGGAGUACUUAA